AUACGGUUUCCGGUAUGCGGCUCCCGGAAGUGCUGUAGGAAGAGGUGGACCGGAGAAAAGAUGGCGGCCGAGGAACCUGAGCGGCAGAAGUUGCAGUGUACUGACGGUGUGAAUUGCCUCACGUAUGAUGAAGCUAUUAUUGCCCAGCAGGACCGUAUACAGCAAGAGAUUGCUGGACAGACUCCACUACUCUCAGAUCGGUUGGACCUUUCUGUACUGUAUCAGGAAUAUUCUCCCGAAGAUCAAGUGUACCAAGGCAAAAUUAAGGAUUUAAACAGACGAUAUUCUCACAUACGCCGAACGCGACCAGAUGGAAAUUGCUUUUAUCGAGCAUUUGGCUAUUCGUACCUAGAAGCUUUAUUGGAUGGAGGUCCUAACCUAACAAGGUUUAAGGAAGUGUCGCUGCACAGCAAGGAAGAGCUCAUCAAACAAGGUUUUACAGAGUUUACUAUAGAAGAUUUUCACAAUACGUUCAUGGAUUUAAUCGCUCUUGUGGAGAAGCGUCCUGCAGUGUCGGAGCUACUAGCCGCAUUUAAUGAGCAGACUGUUUCAGACUAUGUGGUUGUCUACCUGCGUCUUCUGACAUCUGGUCACCUGCAGAGAGAUGGUGUCUUCUACCAGCACUUUAUAGAAGGGGGAAGAAGCGUCAAGGAAUUCUGCCAGCAGGAAGUGGAGCCCAUGUGUAAGGAAAGUGAUCACAUCCACAUCAUUGCUCUCUCCCAGGCCUUGAAUGUUUCCAUCCAGGUUGAAUAUAUGGACAGGGGUGAGGGGGGAAGCACAGUCACCCAUGUGUUUCCGGAGGGAUCAACUCCACAGGUUUUCCUGCUCUACCGGCCUGGACACUACGACAUUCUCUAUAAGUGACCAAUUCCAAAUUGUUCAGCUCUUCCCCCUACAUGAAGUCAUCUUCUAUUCUCUUCACCUUCUGUGCUUUGACCUGCUUCCCCUUGUAUGUACAUUACUCCCCUGUCUGUUACAUUUUAUCUCAGUGGAGCAAAAUAAACGAAUUCUACAGAGUGGUGAAUGUAUAUAUGUGCUGGUACCGCAUGGGUAGUUGUGGGACGCAGAGGGCACAUGUCAAUUUAGGUGAAAUUAUUUUGUUCAUCAUAGUGGUGUUGGUGCUCUUGGAAAAAAUCAAAACGCCAAAAUGUUAGAAAUGGAAUCAAGAAAAGACGAGAAAUAUCUGCAUCUACUUUCUCAUCAAUAGAGCCUCACAUUUUUCUUUUGAAUUUGUAAUCCUUUGACAAUCCAGUGUAUUCGUUAUUAAGAGUUGUGUGCAUAGUUGCUAAUUUUGUGACACUAGUAUUUCAGAAUUCUCUGAACCUGAGAAAUGGUGUUUUGUUGGAGAGCUUGUAAUUGCUAUGAAACUUUGGUUAGUGCUUUAAAGAGGCACAAGUGGUAAUAACUUUGAAAUAAAUUUUAUUUAGCAUUAUGCUAAGUGUUA